AUGACAGAAGUGCUUCUUGGACACGAUUUAGUAAGGUCUCCACUCGACUCGAAAAAGGUGUCGGAGAACUCACUGAAGAAUGGAGCACCACGUUCUGAAUUCUUUUUGAUGACUGGUGACAAAAUGAUCAGUUUAAACCAUAAAAUAUCUCCUCGAUAUGCCGAGAUGCACUGCGAGCAGCUGCCGCCAACAACGGAAAAAGUAAACUUACCCGCACCUAGAAAACCGUUUGACGAUUUUCCUUCAGCAAUGCAAGAAAAAUCAAGAAAUAGGAGAUUUAAUCCAGAAUCUGCGGUGCCUGCAUCACAAUCUGAAAAUGGACUUCAUGAAAAAGAAUGUCUCCAGGAUAUCGAUAUUGAGGAGGAGAAUUCAUCAGUGACGAUAAACAUAGAUAGGAACAACUUAAGUUGUACAGUAGAAGCAAGUGGAUCCAUGAUAACUGUUUCCAGUGCUUUGUCGUCGCACUGCAGCAAUUUUGCGGUAGCUUCACACAGUCCGAAGAAUGAGCGUCAAAAUGCCGUUGUGAUGAAAUCGUUUGAAAUUAGUCGAAGCGAACCAAACAGCCCCUCAAAGACUUCUGUUCCCGAUUACGACAGGUCAGAAUUUGAUACUGAGGCACCUGUGCGUCUUGCUAAACGGCUCUUUGUAUUAGAUGGUUUCAAAAGAGAAGAUGUUGCAGCCCAUUUAUCGAAAACGAAUGAAUUUGGUAUAUCCGUUGCCGAAGAAUAUUGUGCCUUGUUCAAUUUCUCCGGCAUUCGUUUGGAUGCAGCACUACGUGACUUCCUUUCAAGAUUUUGUCUUACGGGUGAAACUCAAGAAAGGACUCGUAUCAGCGAACAUUUCGCAAAGCGUUAUUACGAAUGCAAUCCUACACUUUUCAGAAGCGCGGACCAGGUCCAUGCACUUACUUGUGCCUUGCUGCUGCUGAAUUCGGAUUUACAUGGUCCGAAUGUUGGGCGGCGGAUGUCUAGUCGUGAUUUCGUAGAUAAUCUAGGCUAUACAGAACAUGUUUUCGAUUGCUCUUUGUUGAAGACUUUAUAUGUAGCCAUCAAGGAACAACCUAUCAAAUGGGUUGGUGAUGAUGAUCAGAUUGAGUAUAAAACUGGUUGGGUUGUGAGGAAAUAUGUUUUUGAUAGAGAUGGAAAGCGAACUCCAUUUGGUCGCCGCGGUUGGAAGAUGGUUUAUGCGCGACUUCGAGGGAUGGUUCUUUACUUGCAUAAAGAUGAGAGCGGUUUCCGACGUGGCCGUUUCCAGACAUUCAAUAAUGCCAUCCUUCUGCAUCAUGCGCUGGCUGAAAAACCUGAAGAUUACAACAAGCGGCAGCAUGUGUUCAAACUGCGGACAGCUAAUCUCGGUGAAACACUUUUUCAAACGAGUGAUCCAAGCGAAGUGCAGCAAUGGAUUGAUACGAUCAAUUAUGUUGCUGCAGCUUUCUCUUCGCCAGCAUUACCAGCAUCUGUUUCAAAUCAGAUUGAAGUUUUUCACAAACCUCUGUUACCUAGCGCGCCGUCAGGCCUAUCAAUAGCGGAGCAGCUAAAAAUACAUGAAAAAAAAGAGGAAGAAAUGAAGUUAAGACUUGAAGAGCUUAUGAAAACAGCACCAUCACUGAAAGCUAAAGGCCAUAUUGUGCAAGACUUUUUUUACAAAGAACGUUUUCUGUAUCAAGAAAAAGAACGUUACCAGCGUUAUGUUGAAAUUUUGCGUGAGAAUCUUAGUGCACUUUCGCCGUCACAUUCGACGGCAAUACGUGUAGAGCCCGUUAUAGGAACUUAUCGACUGGGAGAUACAGGGAAGUCAUCUAGUUCUAUCCAGAACAAAAUGUUUGGUUAUACAAGUGUAGUGAAAGAGGAGCCAGAGGCAGAAGCGAAGGCUGAAAAAGCUGAAGAGGAAGAUUCCGAUCUAGAAUCCAAUGAUUCAGACAAAAGCGCAGGCCGUUGUAGUUACCAGGAAGCAAUAUUGCAAAAUCCAGGUCCCCACUUGUUAAUAUCAAAAUGA